AUGUCUGUUCAAGAGACGGGAGACGUAAACGCCCAGAAGGAAGAAGGUGUGCCCUCUGAUGAGACUGACAAGAAAUCGGAUAUACUUCAGAAAGAAUGCAAUACAAGCGCGCAAGAACAAGAGCCAGUGCCAAAUGUUGUGCUCCCGUCCAACUUUAGCAAAUGUUCGCGAAGUGAUCUCGUAACUUUGAUCUCACGAAUGCUGUCGUUUUUGAUACGCAUCAAUGACUCUGUUUCCAAAACCGAACAAUAUGAACUGACCAGAUUCCACUCAAGAGUACCGCCUCAAAUUUCAGUGUACGACUAUCUGAUGCGACUGACUCGAUAUUCUGCGCUGGAACCCGCGGUUCUAAUAGCUUCAGUCUACUACAUCGACCUUUUUUCCGCCAUAUACCCUGCAUUCUCACUAAACUCUCUAACAGUGCAUCGAUUUCUACUCACCGCGACGGCUGUGGCUAGCAAGGGAUUGUGUGACUCAUUUUGUACAAACACGCAUUAUGCCAAAGUUGGGGGCGUUCAGUGCAGUGAGCUGCAUGUUUUAGAAAACGAUUUUUUGAAACGAGUAAACUAUAGAAUUUUGCCGCGGGACGACAACAUUUUGAGUUGCAAGCUGGAGCGGCAAGAGGGCGUCUUUGUUACGGAUGCUUAUCCCGAGGGUCACGUAAGGGGACCGAAAAACGGUUUCAAUGUUCUCGAUACCUAUUACCGAAAAAUAAUCGAAAUUGUUGGUAGCUAUGAUUCGUCCCCGGACAAAACCAAAAAAGCGCAUUACUCAAUGGAGAGUCCAGUAAAGAAAGAGGACGUUGACUGCUCGAAGAAGAAGAGAGUUCUGGACGAAACAGACGCCGAUCUCAAAAUAACGUCGAGCAAAAAACCUGCAUGA